AUGACAGCCACCAGUCAUCAUGGUCAGAAGGCAUCAGAAAAGAGGAGCCAAAGAAAGUUGAGCCCCCACCACCUAAAGAAGAUUGUACAAGUUGUCUUACAAGCUUUCCUUCCUGUUAUAGAGCCUGAGCCACCAGCUAAAGAAGAACCAAAGCCUAAACCAUCUGAGAAGAAAAAGAAUGCUAAGAACAGCAAUCAGGGUGGCUGGUUCUCAGGUCUGUCUGGGAUAAUUUCCAAAGUCAUGCCUCGAGGUCCUAAUGAAAUGAUUCUUCCAGAUGACAAAAAGAAAUCGAUUUACUGGGACGAGGACCUCAAAAAGUGGGUGAACACUGAAGAAGAUGAGCAGGAGAAAGCUCCACUACCACCACCUCCAAGUGACAUGCAGCUUGGUGGUGGUAGGCCACCCUCUGUCCCACUCAGUAAUGGCUUCCUUCCUAGUGCAGGCUCACCAAUGAAUGGUGCCCAUGACACUUCUGCAGCUCCUCCCCCAUUUGGGGUCCCAUUCUUGCCAAAUGUUCCUGCCGGCCAGCAGUCCAGUCCAGGCAUGCCACCUAGAAUGACAACUCCUACAACACCUUCUAAGUUCUCACGGUUGGCACAUGGUGGCAGAAGACAUGCUAAGAAGUAUGUGGAUGUCUUGAACCCAAGUAGCCAAAGCUCUAAUGCUUCUGCGCCACUUCCAAGCGGUCUUCUUCCCAUGAUGCCCGGUCCGACUACUGAAUUCAAAGGAAAUUUCUUCGUACCUGCUCCUGUGACUUCAACUGAUCAGAGUGCUGAUCAACAGCCUGCAAUUGGCAAUCCUUCGUCACGUCCCUCGUCUCGAAAUGAAGAAGAGGACAGGGGCGAUCAACAGUCACAGCAUUCCCGAUCAAGCUCUGUUUCCCUUACCUCUGCUGAAGUCCGUAGCUAUAUGAUGCCCCAGGACCCCAACCCACCCCCACAAGAAAACAGUUUUGUUCCUCCACCUAUGUUCUUUGAUCCAAUGGCCUUCAGUCAGCCCAAGGCUCAAGCCUCACCAAGAAAAUCUCGCUAUCCGGGCAUCCGGAAAAACUAA